AUGAAUGGCGAAAAACUACAUUUAGUCGGUCCGAAAACAAAUAAUGGUUUUUAUACGGGCACAGAACAAUCGACCGGGGACGUUGGUACAAGUGGAAUGUCGCGCCGUAUUCUACAUGGUUUGACAGUUAUUUCAGUUUUAAUUGCAUGUGGUUGUACAGCAUAUGGAUCCAUUCAAAACAAAUCAGCAGCGUUUCUAUUACCACUUAUUGUUGUGUUGAUUUGGCUUUUUGUGCAUUUUCUUCUUUUAUAUUUUAUACAAAAUGACAAACAUGAUUUUCAUCCGCCCGCAUGGUUUAUAUUUGUUUCAAGUGGACAUAUUUUUAUACAAUCAUUAAUUGUUAUUAUUUUAACGCUUUAA